CCUGGAUCUACAGCGCCAGGACCGUACCUACUCCAGGGCUAGGUGCAGUCUUGACCUAUUAGAAUGACAAGUGGAGAUUGCGGAGUUAGAUUUCCAAGGUUAUCGAUUAAGAUUCUUUUAACUCUGCUAACCAAGAUUUUUACUCUUUUGGAUUCUUCUAAUUCUAACCUCUGCUCAUGUACAAGCUGACAACCUGAGCAUGUGAUUGAAGAAUGUCUCUCUAUCAUGAAACAGCUGAUAUAUUAUCGGAAGCGCCAAUCAAUUCAUCUGGAGGCAAUUUAAAGACUCGGAUAUUCGGCAAGAAGGAUUUGAAAUCCCCCCAACAGCAAGUCUACGCCCUGGCCUUAGAGACAUGUAAAUGGAGCCCCGUGCUGAAGGAAGUCAUCGACAACUCUGAACUUCUACGUCAUGAGCGCAAGUUAAGUCCAUUGUUGGCCCUACUUCUCGCUCAUGAUUUCUUGCUUUCUAAGAGAGGCAUUGUUCUCCCUGCUACUCAUGGCCUGAGAAUCUCUAUUGAGCGGCAUAAAGCCCGAUUAAAUGCUGAGUUUACUAGAGCACGGCUGCGGAGGAAAGCCGGGUCGAUCCAAUCCUUGAGGGAACAGAUAACUACCCAGUUCUUAGGUGAGGCAGCCGGCUAUCCCCGAUGGGUACGUGUAAAUACUCUGAAAACAACCGUCGAGGAUCAGUUGGCAACCACAUUUACUACCUUUACUAGGGUUCUUAGUAUCAAUGAAGUGACUUCUACCCCCGGGAAAUUCCUGCACGUGGAUGACCACAUACCAAACCUUCUGGCCAUCUCCCCAGGGUUUGAGAUAACUAAAACGGAAGCAUACACUUCCGGGGCUUUAAUAUUACAGGACAAGGCCUCAUGUUUUCCGGCUUAUCUAUUAGACCCUCGUUUUGAAGAUGGCGAUGUUAUCGAUUCUUGCUCGGCUCCCGGGAAUAAGACGACCCAUCUUGCUGCCAUCGUGUAUUCUCGGACCCCAGAGAAUGAGCAGUGUUCACAAACGGUAUAUGCGUUUGAGAAAGACCCAAAGCGCUCACGGACGUUAGAAAAGAUGGUGAAGCUUGCCGGAGCUAAGGAAAUUACGCGGAUGAGCUUUGCUCAGGAUUUUCUCAGGGUUGAUCCAAAUUCCGAGAUGUUCGCUAAUGUUGGAUGUUUGUUGCUUGACCCUAGUUGUUCGGGGAGUGGCAUAGUCGGCAGAGAUGAUAUGCCUACAAUACACCUCCCUGAAACUCCAGGCACGUCAAAGAUGCCGCUAGCCAACUCAGGACGCAAGCGUAAACGAGGUGGCUCUGAUACUAAACAAGAAACGACACAGCCGAUCCUGGUCGAUGAUGACGGGAAAGAGACUAUAGUCUCUUCUGAAAACGAACUAAAGGCCCGCUUAGAAGCUUUAUCAUCAUUCCAGCUUACUUUGCUACUUCAUGCUUUUAAAUUUCCUGCUGCUAAGAAAAUCACCUACUCAACUUGCUCGAUUCAUCCUGAGGAGAAUGAACAAGUGGUCUUGAAGGCGCUACAAACCGAUAUUGCUGAGGAAAGAGGUUGGCGCGUGCUACGUAGGAACCAGCAAGUCCGUGGUAUGCGGGAAUGGCCGGUCCGCGGGUCUAUCGACGGGAGCAACGGUGAUCCCGAUAUCGCCGAGGCGUGUAUUCGGUCUUACAAGGAUGACGGCCGGGGGGUCAUGGGCUUCUUCGUCGCUGCUUUCGUUCGCGACGUACCAUCGAACUUCGAUGGCGACGGACCUUAUCUUCGCGAUGAUGACGGUCGAAUCAUUAGAGAUGUUUCGGGCAUGCCAACCCUUAAGCCGGAGUAUAAGUCCAGGUCUUCAAGUGACGUUGAACCACCUAGGACAACACAGGACGGUCGCCCCGAGGGUGGAAACGAUGGAGACGAUGGAGACGAAGACGACGGCGGGAGUGUCUCCGGCGAUAUAGAUGAAUCUGGUAUUGAUAGUAUCUCAAGCGAUAAUGACGAUGGCGAAUGGAAUGGGUUCACGGAUUGAAUUUUGAACGGCAUCGAUUAGGUUUAUACCCUGGAUUUUUCUCAUCUAGAAUAAUGUGGAGUGAAUAAAAUGGGAGUCUUAACGUUCGGUAUAUUGCGAGAAGCUAUUAUAACUACCUACUUCAUUAUGAAAUAGUGAAUUGCUAUGUUGAUAUAAUACAAUAUAUAGAUAGAUUAAGAUAUAAAUAACUACGGCGAUUGUACGUUAAACCUUAGGUCCCUACAGGUAGGAAUAAUAACAAGUCUCCUCCGUAGAGUUACCCCUUAAAAAGCCGUAUCUAUCCGGUAUGCCUCUAUAUCCACCCUAGAAAUAUCUAGAUAAA